AAGCUCUUGUGACCCCAAAGCCUGGCCUGCUGCACCCCACAGUAUGGCUGCGGUACAAGAUCCCGCGUCGUUCAUCUGUUGAUGAAUCUGUGUCGAAUUGGCUAGUUCAUCCACCCAUGAUGAAGCUGCUCUGUCCUUCCCCUCUGCUAUUCGCCCUCAUCGCAUCAGUGCCUUUCGCAGAUCCCUUCUCGCCGCCGUGCAGCCCUUGCUCCCCUCCCUUUCAUCGCCGGAGAUCUGUGCAGAUGAGUGUCAUUGAUCGGCAGGCGGCUUACGGAAGGAGCCUGCGUCCCAAGCGGCACCACGUGACCAUCAAGGAGACCAUCGAUGACUACAAGAAGCUGGAGAAGGUCGCCACUGCGGCGCACAUGAUAUCAACAGCCAGGUGAUGUGCACAAUGGCUGCACCGGCAUGCCCCCCACAAUGCAUGGGGUUUCUCUCGUGUACGCGUCGUGCAGGGUCCAGCGUGCUGCCGCGAUAUGGAAUCGCUUCAAGACCUUCUAUCAAGGCAUCACUUGGGUGAGCGAGGAUUUGAAACAGCCGAUGCCACGAAGCUCGAGGUGUGCAAUUGUAUGUGUGUCAGAUGACUCGAGCACUGCUGCCCCACGUGCUUCGGGUACAACAGUGGGAGGACGCGAGAGAUAUGACCCGGAAGGAACGAGAGGAGGCAAGAGCACCGAGAGAGGUGGGUGGCCAUGCGCUGAGCACUGUGCGUCUAUAACGGAUUGGCACCUCUUCGUCGUUUCAGGUUGGUCGUCUGUAUCGCCUUCUGCGUGAACACCCGCAGAAGCGAUCUGCCGUGCUCCUGCUCGUCGGAAGUGACUCUGGUAGACGUCCAUGGCGUUCGAUUCGCACCUACAUCGCCAUCAACUGUCGCAUCUGCAGGCAAGUGUGGUGGUUUGAACGAAGCAGUGCUGCUGCGCGCCAAGAAGCGAGUCAUUCAGCUGGCGAAAGAGGUCAGGCGGGCAAUAAAAUAAACGAAAGCGUACAUUCGUCUGAGUGUCCCUGUGUUGCAUUUUGCAGGGUGUGGAAGUGCUUAGUUUCAUCGUCGUGGGCCACCGUCUGUUUGAGCAGCUGAAGGACGCAGACGCAGGCCGUCUCAUAAUCCAGCAGUACCCGAGUGGGCGGCAACCCGAUGGAAGCCUUGCUAAGAACAUCACACGACAGAUGGUCAACUGGUACACAGGUGAGACCAAUGGAUGUGCAGAGCUUGCCAUGACACGGUACUGCUUUCUGUCUUGGCUUGCGCAGAGGAUUCGCCCAGGAUCGAUGCGGCGGAGGCCAUCUUUUGUCGGUUGAAAGCUGAUGGCUACCGAGAGGUGGCUCUCACCCCCCUGCUGCCCGUGUCCAUCCCGCUGUACGACUCAGACGCAUUCAAACUUACGACAGAUCACGGCAGGUCGGCAACAAACAAAUGCCUACCGAACAACACACAAACAACAAACACUCGUUAGUAAAAUGCUCUACUUGUGCCGUGUGGCGUGUAUGCAGGGUGAAAGUGAUGAACAGCCCUCUCGCGUCCACCGCGCCAGGGGUGUACGACAUCUCCAAAUACUCCUUCUACCUGCAGGACGAGGAGAGCGUCUUCCGCAACCUGGUCCCUACCUUCCUCUUCGCACAGCUGCUGAGGGCGAUGGUGGACUCGUGCGGUGCUGAGGCAGCCGCAAGGAUGUCGUCACACGACAAGCGAGCACGUGAGGAACAGACAGCGGUGCACGCCAGCAAUGCCUCUUGUGUACCUGCCUGUGUUUUCCUGCCAUCAGAGGCGAUUCAGGGUAUGAUUGGCGAUCUCGAGAAGGAGUACAUCAAGGCCAAGCAGGCGUUCAUCACGCGUCAGGUGGUCGAGCAGUCGAAUGCAGCUAUCAACGUGGAGGACAGGUGGCGACCGGGCGAGCCUCUGGAACACUCACUGCAGCGUCUCUACGUGCAAGAGCUUCAGCGGACAUCCUCCCCCUCCCCCAUUCCAUCCCCACUCAACGCGACCCUCUCCACCGCUCUAUCCGACACGCAGGCGACUGAGUUCACGUCGGCUAUACGCGAUCUCGGCAGCGGAGAGAAGCUCUGGCAGACGAUCUUCGACGAAAGUGAAGACAGGGGCAGCGACAGGGAAGAGCGCACUCCUGACUGGGUAUCGUCUCUUGGUGGCUUCUCGUCGGACGAGUUCAACGAAGAUGAGCGCGCUGACGAGGCGGCUUCGUUUGCACCAGACGAGGAGUUGACCGACUCAUCAUUACUGACGAGACUAGAGAUUAUGGGGGGUGACAAUGAGGACUUGUUUCCGGCUCUGAGGCACCCACGGCAAGACGAAAGGCUAGAGUCUCUGCUUAAACGAGAAGUUAAUGAGUCGUCGGCUGAGAGGGUGGAUGAAGUGGCGAGGGGGGAUGACAGCAAUGAAGGCGACCUCGACCUAUGGAUGUUGAAUCCGUCAAGGCAAGAAGCAGAGGAGGCUCUGACAACGAAGACAGGGGAGGCCCCAUCAGGGGAAGGGGAGGGAAAGAGAGUCAUGGUCGAUCACAUGGGCGUUGUCUUGCCGUCGCCACCAAAGGGACGUCUGGCGGCGACGAAGAGGCAAAGAAGGUCUCCAACGGCGCGCCAGUCGCAUCGAAAUGUGACGUCUGCGGUUGCGAGUGUAGACAGGCGGAGCAAGAAAAAGGCUGAAGGACAGGCAGACGUGCUGGACCUCAGGUUAGGGAGCAAGGAUCAGAGGAUUGGUCACGAUUCGGAUGGGAAGCACGUAUCGAGGCAGCACAGGGAGCCACAGACACAUUAGACGGCGCAUGGAAGGGUGUUGAGCCGUUUUCGCAUUUAAGCCAGGCUGCAUAUCAUGCGCUUCAACUUAACGAAUGAAUCAAGUGACAAUGGGCUUAGCUAUGAGGCGUGCCCCCAAUGAUUGAGUCGG